GCUGUCUUGCACGUCAGUAAUCGUUAAACAGGUCGACGGCACAAGCAACGCUGCCUGUGCCAUCUUUGGCUGAAAGGGACUACAAAAGCCUGAUCUUAUCACGUGUUGCCAAGUGCCGCCGGAGGCCACUGAGGCGCGUUCCGUCCUUGCGACAGGCUACGGCGGCGCCCCCUGCGACGUAUAUAAGGCCGCGGAGCCCAGCGCUCGCCUUCACUGCCGGCGAAAUGAAGGUGCUGUUCCUCGCGGUAGCGCUGCUCUCCGCCUCGGGCCUCGCCGAGGACAACCUCGCGCACAGGCAGCAGGCGAUCAACAGGCUGCUCUACAGGGUGAAUGAGCCUCUGCUGUCCUCCUUCACCGAUCUAAAGGAGCUGGCGACGACGUGGGACCCGCGGGCCCACGUGGGGCACUGCAGCGACGAGGGCGCCGCCGUCGACCGCAUCAUGACCGAGCUAGAGCAAGGGCGGCUCCGCGGGAAGAAGCAGUGGUUCUCGCUGUUCAAUCCGCGCCAGAGGGAGGAGGCGCUCAUGCUGAUCCACGUGCUGCUGUCCUGCAAGGAUUUCCAGACGUUCAAGGGCAACGCGGCCUUCUUCCGCGAGCGCAUGAACGAGGGCGAGUUCGUGUACGCGCUCUACGUGUCCGUCACGCACUCCAAGAUGACGCAGGAGGUCAUCCUGCCUCCGCUUUACGAGGUCACGCCUCACAUGUUCACCAACUCGGAGGUCAUCCAGAAGGCGUACGAGGCCAAGAUGCUGCAGACGCCCGGCCGCUUCAGGAUGACGUUCACCGGCACGCUCAAGAACACCGAGCAGCGCGUGGCGUACUUCGGCGAGGACAUCGGCAUGAACUCGCACCACGUCCACUGGCACAUGGACUUCCCCUUCUGGUGGGACGGCGAGCACAUCGACAGGAAGGGCGAGCUGUUCUUCUGGGCGCACCACCAGCUCACGGCGCGCUUCGACUCCGAGCGCCUCUCCAACCACCUGCCCAUCGUCGACGAGCUGCACUGGGACCGCCCCAUCGACGAGGGCUUCGCGCCCCACACCGUGUACAAGUACGGCGGCGAGUUCCCGACGCGGCCCGACAACCUCGUGUUCGAGGACGUUGCGGGCGUGGCGCGCAUCCGGGACCUGAAGGAGAUCGACGAGCGCAUCCGGGACUCGAUCGCGCGCGGCUUCGUCUACGCCGCGAAUGGCACCGUGAUCAGCCUGAAGAACGAGCGCGGCAUCGAUAUCCUGGGUAACAUGAUCGAGUCGUCGACGUACAGCGUGAACGAGCAGUACUACGGGUCGCUGCACAACCAGGCCCACCGCGUGCUCGGCGCCCAGUCCGACCCGGUGGGCAAGUUCAAGAUGCCGCCGGGCGUGAUGGAGCACUUCGAGACCGCCACCCGCGACCCCGCCUUCUUCCGUCUCCAUAAAUACAUGGAUAACAUCUUCAAGGAGCACAAGGACUCCCUGCCGCCCUACUCCAAGAAGGACCUCGAGUACGACAACGUCCUCGUCACCUACGCGGAGGUGUCCGAGCUCGUCACCUUCUUCGAGGAUUUCGAGUUCGACCUGACCAACGCCUUCGACAGCACGGAGGACCUCGUGGACGUCCCCGUCUCUGCCUACGUGUCUCGACUGAACCACAAGCCCUUCACCUUCGACAUCUACGCCGACGCCAAACGCGACGACUCGGUGACGGUCAGGAUCCACAUCUGCCCGAGGUUCGACAGCAACGGCUUGCAGAUCCCCUUCGACAACAACCGCUGGAGGUGCAUCGAGCUCGACAAAUUCUGGACGAAAGUGACGGCGGGCGAAAACCACAUCGUCCGCAAUUCCAGCGAGUCUUCGGUCACCAUCCCCGACCGCAUCCCGUUCAAGACGCUGAUGCAGCAGGCGGACGAAGCCGUCGCAAGCAACACCGACCUCCCGCACAACAUCGCUCGCGCUCGGGGCUGCGGCCUCCCCCAGCGCCUCCUGCUCCCCAAGGGCACGAAGACGGGCAUGCAAUUCUGGCUGUUCGUGGGCAUGACCAGCGGCGACGACGGCGUGCACGACGACCUGCUGGAGAACACGCACGGCAACACCCACAGCAACUGUGGCAUCCACGGCCUCAAGUACCCCGACAAAAGACCGAUGGGAUUCCCCUUCGACCGACGUAUCCCCGACUUUCGGAACUUCAUUGUCGGGAACUUCCUGUCGACUGUCGUUAUGAUCUAUCACAAAGACAUCGAAGAGUUGUGAUUGUCUUUAAAGACAGUGAUUUUUUUUCUUCAAAGUGAACAUAUAUGGUUUUGAAAAUAGUGAUAGUGAAAAAUUAAUGUUUGUUUUUGAAAACAGUGAUUAACGAACCGAAUAUAUAAGAAAGCUAGGGUGGGGGAGGGAUGUGAACAGGAGAAAGUCAAUGAUCUAAAACGGUCUGUGUUCAGAUGUUUUCAUUGGAGGUGAAAAGGGGGUCUCAUAGAUCUGCUGAUGACUACUAUAGCGUAUCAUUCAUAUCCAUAAUUUUGUAGAAAAGAAAUAAACAUAGCCCUAAAAUCUACAUACAUUGAAAUAAGCUCCUUCUACUCUAAAAGCCAAGACUGAAAAUCAGAGUUAUAUCGAUUCCACUGAAAUUGCUUGUUUGGGAAACUAAAAUCCACUGACACCUUUCAGCAUAAAGAGCAGUUAUAACCCA